GUAUAGUCAACACUUUAAAGCAAAGAAUCAUCCUGACUGGGUCUUCAUUUCUCUUUGAUUAUACUUGGUAUUCCCUUCACUCUCUUCUCUUACUCUUCCCAUACCACAUUUGAUUACCAGUCUCCUCCUACCCUCUCUAUCUACAAUCCUCUAUCAUCUAAUCCAGUCUUCAACUCUCAAACACCAACAUGCGUUGGACACCUGAGGCUGAUCAACUACUUCUCCUCAAGAUACUCGAGACGCACAACCUCUCCGUCAACUCCAAAAAGGUUGCUGAAGCAUGGCCCGUUUCCGCAAAUCAACAAGGCCCAACACCUCGAGCUAUCAGCGAGAGACUGGUCAAGAUCCGCAACAUGGCCGGAACUUCCUUCAGCAUCAGCAAGGGAAGCGACAGCAACACGACCCCUACUGCCACACCGCGCAAGUCCCGCAAGAGCGCCCCCUCCACGCCCAGCUCAGCCAAGCGCAAGCACGAUGCUGUUAAAGCCGAGUCCAUCCCCCCCGAGUCCGUGACUAAAAGUGAGAUCGACGGCCCCGUAAAGAUGGAAGUCGAAACCACUCCCUUUGGCAUCGACAAUACCCUCGACUCUACCCCGACAAGGAAGACACCUCUCGCAGUAGGAGCGGCGAAUCAACUGUAUGCGGGUCAUCCUCUGUAUGUGGUUAAUGGGCCAGCUGCUCCUGUUCCUGUCGACCAGAACAGCCCGUCCAAGCGAGUGCGCAAGCAGACUUCUGCGGCUCCGGGAAUGAUCGAUUGGACAGGCUAUGACGGUGAUGAGAAGGAGGUUGAGACCGAGAGUUCGGCCUCGGAGUACUGCCCGGAUCCUGAAAUGGUUGUCGCAACGCCUCGUCGUAUGAUGAUGAAUUACAUCUAGAUAGGUUCGCCGGUGUUUCGUAGCCAUUGACAAGUCCGCCAUCACUGGUGAGUCACCUGGGCUGUCGACAAGUACAUGGCCGACAUUUGCUACCACACCACUGGCUGCAAGCGUGCAAAGGCCUACGCCCUCGUCACCGCUACGGCCAAGCAGUCUU